UGCACAAAGUAGCAAAAUACAGCAAAAAAGAAAUCAUGAACCCUCGACUAAACAUGAUCAACGACGAACUGGUCGCGUUUUUACAAUUCUGCAAGAAAAGCAAACUCUCUGACGAAGAAGUGGCCGUCAUAACUCGACCGUUAACACGGGCCCUCGCCCGAAACAAAAUCAAGCGAGGAAUUUUACAUCUGCUUAUACUUUUACUACUUUCGUUAGCAGUCUACUACGUAUCCACCACGGAGAUAGUUUCGUGGCAUUUAUCGGCAAUCGGACGUGUGGGACUAAUCAACCUGUUACCCAUAUGGAACUGGAGGCACUUAAAAUACGAAAAAUGUCUCAUUCCGACUAAGACGGACGACGUACCGAUUCCCUUGGCCUGUGAACUGUGCGAAAUCAACAACUACAUAGACAGCGCUUACGACAUCGAUCCCGAAAGGCUCGACGAUCUCUACAUCAAACUACACAAAGCCCUGAUACUAAACAAGGCGAUGACGCCGAACUGGUACCUGCCAGAAAUCGAUACGGAACCGCUCUUCCACGGAUCCACCCCAUGCAAGCUGUCGACGAAUGUACGCACAGGAACACCUACCGUAAAGACGCUCGUCGACAAACUGGACGACUUCGAACGCUACUUCCUCCACUUUCAGAACUGCGAUUUCGAAGCGGUGAAGGCCUUUCGGAGGUACGCCCCGAAACCGGCGGUGCUACCGGCACGUCUCUCCCCGACUAAGUAUAGCUGGCUGCUGAUGAGUAGGGAUUACAACGUGACGAACUACAAGACGGUUCAGCUCGUCGAACCCAUCGCACUCGUCGGGCAGAUGGUCGGCUCGAAUUAUUUCAGUUUGCGACCGAGAAUGAAUUGCGAGGAGCACUGUCCGGUGAUCGAGGUCGCGCUGGAGGAAGGCGAGGUGUUGCUGCUGUCUUCCAUGUACGACUUAUUCUAUCGCCCCUUUCCUGAGGGUGAGAAUGUCGCUGUAAUUUUGGAAAUGCAUUGAUAAAUAAUAAGUUUAAAAAUAUAAAAUUUUGAAUUCAAUAUGGCGUAUACGAGGAAAAUGUCAUACAUUGCAGGUUUAAUACAACCAAAAUUCUCUUCAGAAUGUGCUAUUCUCAUUUUUUAAAUUGUACGCUGUAAGUCUAAAAAGCUCUGGAAAGUAUCUAGAAAGCUGUGGAAACAGCCUAAAGAAUUCUCUAAAGGCUUAAAACGCUCUAAAUAUUCUUGAAAGCUACUGAAAAGCA